AUGGUUCUCGAGAUGUCCACUGAGAAGGUGGGUUCACCAAGUGAAGGAAUGGCAGCUAAAGUAGAAGAUUCACUAUUCAGAUUUCGCAAAGAAGAAUUAGACAUUGAAAAGCUGCGUACAUUUUCAAGAUCUCUAAAUGAUAUCACUUCAGAAACAUUGUACAGCAAGUGGAAAAGAGCGCGAGGAGAGGGAACCAAGUCACCCCGGCGCACAACUCGAAGCAUCUCUCUGAUUACACCGCCAAAUAUCGCGCGCCAAGAAAACCUACAACAAGGUAAACCAGCUAGGAAGAACAGCUUUCAUGUUUUGCAGGAGAAUGUUUUCAGGCCACGGAGUUGGACUAUAGCGGCGAGUCCUAUGGAGGUCAUCAGCGAGCAUUUUGCAAUGCAUACACUAGAUGUCAAUAACAACAACGACACGCGAGGCUUAGAUGGACAAGAUGCAAAGCGUCCGUGGGGAGAGAGAAGAAGGAAUAGGAAACAAUUCAGGGUAUCACUGCAGAUUCCUCAAAAGAAACACAGUCCACCAACGUCUACUGGAGCCGAAACAGUUACUCAAGGGAAAAAGGAUCGUGUUGAUCGUAAACAAGAGGUCGGAACCGGUUCGGAAAUUUUUACCAAAUCCUCUCAAGUGCCACGAUGUGUUUCCGAAUCUUCACGAGGGGACGGAAACCCUCCGAUAGUGGCACACCUUGUGAGUGAAGUAGAUGAUGCUCCAAAGGCAAUGGAGGACUCAUAUGCAGAGAAACCUGUUUGCAGUUUGUUUACCGAAACAGUGAAAAUCGAGCUUCCACAGCAGUCUGUUAGCAUGCCCGCAUCGCCAAACUUCCCAAUGAGAAAGGUUCCUGAACAUGCGUGGGAGGAAGUCACAAAAGACUCUAAUGGGGGGCAAAGUAAAGAAGUCAUUGUCCAAGACGCCUCUGAGAUGACAGCAAGCAGUGAAAGGUCAAAAGCAUCACAGAAUACUUUCUCACUUGGCUGCACUUAUGCAGUGGUCAGCCAACCAACGCGAGAAAAUGAAAACACUGUCAAACAAAUAGCGAAAAUGAACAGCACAGUGAUCAGCAAAGAGCAACGUGCCGAACUGGAAGAAGAAUUCCAAAAGUUGAAAAAAGCUUCGCUCGAGUUGGAUAGAGCUGAGUUUGAAGAGAGAAGAUUCGACAGCCCAAAUGGAGUCAAUUCAAAGGACAUUUUAGAGUCACAGCCGUUUAGACGAUUCUCAGAACUGAAUAAUCCAACUGUAUGGAACUCAUCUAGUCAACCAACGGCCAGAGCUAUUCUACAGAAUAUUAAAAACGUUGCGCAUAAAACAGAAAAAGAGAGAAUCGAGGAUAUCGAGUGGGCUUUCGAGUGGAUCAGAAAAGAACUUGCUGAACUACGAGCUCAAGAUAAAGAUAUAAUGCGAACAUUUACUAAGAUUCAAGCCGGGAUAAGAAAAAUUAAACUCCAACGUGCAUUGAACGGCGCCUUAGACGAGUCGUACGAAUAUGACAUUGUGGACCAUUCUGUAAAUUUAAGCGCUAGCUUCUCGUAUGUUCCGUUAGUUAAAGAAUUCCACAACACGUUCCCGAGAAGAGCAAGUCUUAUAUGA